CAGGAAUUGCUUGCCAAGGAAAAGCAAAGUUUUGACAGGGACGUGACCACAAAAAUGGUGACGCUACAGGUUGGAUGGGCGUGGUCCCUGAGGGCAGGCUGCUGGGUGUGCUGACAGGGUGUGUGCUUCAGGAGGCUCUGUCUGCGCCACACCUGGAGCCACAGGUGAAUGUAUGUAGCAGAAUGCCAGAGAUAACGGAGAAGCAGACCCCUGUCCACAAGCCUCAGAGGAAGAAGAACAAGGAGACUCACAAUGCAGUUGAGCGGGAUCGCAAGAAGAAGAUUAACGCAGGAAUUAACCGGAUUGGAGAGCUGCUGCCGUGCUCACAGGCGCUGAAGCAGAGUAAGAACAUGAUUCUGGACCAGGCCUUUCGCUACAUCGUCCAACUCAAGCAGCAGAAUGACACGCUACUGCUGGAUGGGGGAGACCGAGCACAAGCGGAGGAGAUCCGGCGUUUGCGCAGGCAGGUGGAGGAGCUGCGGAAGGAGAGCUCUCACUACAUGGAGCUGCUGAAGGCCAACGGCAUCAGCUUCCUGGACGACCCCACGGUGCACUGGAAGGGCAAACUGGGCCAGGCCAGGGUGGCCAAGGUGACACCGGCACGCCUGCUACCCGACGGCCUCAUCGUGUACUCCAACGGCAAUGUGCUGUGCUCCGCGCGGGACGAGCCGGCCCCAAAACCGGCCGAGGGGCCGCCGCUGCAGGACCCGGCCAAAGCGCAGGCCGGCCCGAAAACGGCCCCCGCCCUGUCCUACAUCACCCUGCAGGGCCUGUGCCCUCUGCCCCCAGACAGCAGUGCCCCGCCCCUCGCCCCGCCCCCCCUCACGCAGGCGGCCCCGCCGCUCCCCCCACAGGUCCCCCCACAGCCUGCGCUGAGCCACUCCCUGUGCCCUGGUGCGCCCCUCGGCCUCCACAGCACGGGGGGUGCCACUCAGACCACCUGGACCACCCUGCAGCUGGGAGGGCACUGUGUGCAGCCCGCCUGUGCCCCGCUGCCCGCCCCCGACCCCCCCGGCGCCUCUGCCCCCCCCGGCGCCUCUGCCCCCGGCCUGCAGGGGGCGACUGUGUGCUCUCCCGCCCCCAAGCCCUCCGCUCAGCCCGUCCUCACUCCCUGCGCCCAAAUCCAAAUACAGCCACAGGCAGCACCCCCGGCCCCGCCCCCGGUCCCCCCCGCUGCCCCGCCCUCGGCCCCGCCCCACUCCGCCCUCCUGCCUCUGCUGCAGGCCCUGCAGGUGUUGCAGGUGAGGGGGCCUCCCGGGGCCCCUGCCCCCCAAAACUCCACCAACCCCAACGUCUUCAUCCUGCAGCCGGCCAAUCCCUGCCCUCCUGCAGCCAUGGUCAGGAACGGUCUGCCCAAUCAGAACCCCUGCCAGCACAUUGUCAUCAUCCAGACAGCUAAUCAGAGCCCUACUCUGCCGAACUCCCAGGGUGGCAUUGGGCCAGCUGCAGUCUCAGCAGCCAAUCCGAUCGCUGUUUCCGGCUGUGCAGCGGGCAGCAGCAUGGUGCAGACGGUAGGAGGGAAGCAGCUGGUGCACAUCCUGCCUCGGCCGCUGACGUCUGCGCAGACGACCCCGGCCACCUCGGGCGGCCAGGCGGCAGCGUCUGCGCAGACCACGCAGACCACGCAGACGGUGACGGUGAACGGGCAGGUGUUUGCCCUGCAGGCGCUGAAGCCGCAGAACGGGGCGUCGGCUCAGUCGCUGCAGAUUGUGCAGCCCACCACCAGCGAGGACCCCAACAUCAACGUCACGCUGCACUCGCUUGGUGCCCUCGCCAGCCUCAACCAGAGCAUCUCGCAGAUCCCGCCCCCUGCGGCCGCCCCGCCCCCCCUGCCCGUCCCCACAGAGUCUCUGGGCAGGCCCGUCCGCCCCGCCCCCGGCCCCGCCCAGGGGGGCGGAGCUGUGAAGGUUCUGCUGCGGAAGCCGAGUGGGCCGCCAGCACCCCGGCCCAAACGCAGCGCCGCCAGGAGGGCCACUGCCCAGAGGAGUGGGGCCAUCGCGAUAGCCGCUAAGCCUGCUGGGAAAUGCAUCCCUGCUGCUGAGACACACAGCCAGGAAUCAGCCCCGCCCCCAGUACAGGAAGCAGCCGCAUGCCUGCAACAGGAAGCAGCCACGCCCCUAGAACACUCUCCCGCUGCUCUGAGCUCCAUGCAGAGCAGACCCACACCCACUAGUGUCAGCUCCACAGACAGCGGACCCAAAGUAAGCAGUGCUAGUUCCAGUGUGACUGGAUCGACAUCCACUAGUGUCAGUUCCACAGACAGUGGACCCAAAGUAAGCAAUGCUAGUUCCAGUGUGACUGGAUCAACAUCCACUAGUGUCAGUUCCACAGCAAGUGGACCAACAUCCACUAGUGUCAGUUCCACAGCGAGUGGACCAACAUCCACUAGUGUCAGUUCCACAGCGAGUGGACCAACAUCCAAUAGUGUCAGUUCCACAGCGAGUGGGCCAACAUCCACUAGUGUCAGUUCCACAGCGAGUGGGCCAACAUCCACUAGUGUCAGUUCCACAGCGAGUGGACCAACAUCCACUAGUGUCAGUUCCACAGCGAGUGGGCCUACAGCCACUAGUGUCAGUUCCACAGCGAGUGGGCCUACAGCCACUAGUGUCAGUUCCACAGCGAGUGGGCCUACAGCCACUAGUGUCAGUUCCACAGCGAGUGGGCCAACAUCCACUAGUGUCAGUUCCACAGCGAGUGGACCAACAUCCACAAGUGUCAGUUCCACAGCGAGUGGGCCAACAUCCACUAGUGUCAGUUCCACAGCGAGUGGGCCUACAGCCACUAGUGUCAGUUCCACAGCGAGUGGGCCUACAGCCACUAGUGUCAGUUCCACAGCGAGUGGACCAACAUUCACUAGUGUCAGUUCCACAGCGAGUGGGCCAACAUCCACUAGUGUCAGUUACACAGCGAGUGGGCCAACAUCCACUAGUGUCAGUUCUCCAGUAAGCAUACCCACAGUGAGUAGUGUCAGUUCCACAGUGAGUAGGGUAAGACCCUCUCCACAGCCAGCCAACUCUCUGUCAGCCACCCAUCGGCCUGUAUCGCCCCCAUCCUCCCUGCCCCCCACCCGCAUCCCAGCAUCCCCUGCUGCAGAGACGCCCCUCCCCCAGCUGUCUGGGUGCCGGGGUCCUCCACCCCGCCCGCAGGACCCCGGCCUUUCGGGCCUGUCCUCGGCCCCGCCUGCCCCCACCCCUGCGGAGGCCAAACCCGGCAAGCCCGGGGCCGGCGGCACAGCGGACGGGAAGGACGCCUCCCCCCCGCAGCCGGUGUGCGUGCUGGACCAUGAUGCCCUGGGGCAGGCGCUGGUGUCCAGCAGCUCGGGGGGCAGCCGCUUCUCCAUCGCCUCCAUGCUGCCCCUGGGCCAGGGAGUCAGCACCGCGGCCGCUGCCCUCGGCACCUUCAGCUUCACCUCCGAGCAGGCCGAGAUCCUGGCGCUGGCUGCCCGUGCCAUCUUCGAGCAGGACGGCUCGGGGGCGCGGGGGAGCGGGUGCGGCUCGGACACCCCCGCCCCCGCCCCCACCCCCACCCCGACCCCGGCCCCCAGCAGCUGGGACGUCUCCAAACCCCCGCAGAACUCCCAGCGCAAGGAGAGAGUCGGCGGGCAGCAGCCUCUGAAGCACACGGACGUCCCGGGCGGCCCCAAACUGCUCCCGCAGUUGCCUCUCAGAGAGCAGCCUGCAGAGGGUGCCCCUGCUGGCCCCCUCGGAUCCAGAAACGCGCUGAGUCUGUCGUACGCUCUGUCCCCCCCCACACAGUCGCAGGCGCAGUCCUCCACUGUGGGCAGUCUCAGCGUGAAUAACCUGAUCAGGCCGCUCAGCUCCGGACAGCCCUACACCUGCUCCCCGAGCCUCCCCAUGCAGGGCUCUGCCCCGUCGCCCAUAGCAACCGCCAUCCCAGUGGCACAGUCCCCUGCCCCUCUGCUCCCGUCCUGUCCCGAGUAUGGUCCGCUGAAGAGCGCCCUCAUGAGGCCCCAGGGGGCAGAGCAUCACCCGAAGGACAUGCCCAAGCGGCCCGCCCCAGAGGAUGCCCUGCUCCCCGCCGGCAAGCGUCCCAAAACCUGCCCCGCCCCUGGCAUGGGCCGCGUGGACAUGAAGGCCACGCCACCCGAUCACACCCAGAUGAUGGGCGGCUCCUCCCUUUCGGCAGGGCGAGGCCACCCCCCUGAAGGGCUGCCUGGUCUGUUUCCCGGAAACAGCUUCAUGAGCUCGGUCCUGAGGCCCUCGGAGGGCCACUGCGGCCCUCAGGCACCCCCACAGGAGCAGAGUCACCCCCAGCACGGCCCCCACCAGCCCGGCCACCAUCUCAGCAUGGCCAACCCCUACCUGAAGCAGCAACAGCAGCAGCAGCAGCAGCAGCAGCAGGAGCAGCAGCAGCUGCAGGGUCAGAGACACCACCUGUAUCAGCUGCAGCACCACCUGACCCAGCCUGACCCAGCGCAGUUCCACAGCAUCCACCAGAGGGCGCUGCAGCAGGAUCAGCACAGCCAAAAGAAACGAGGCUUGGUGCGAGGGGGCCAGCCAGGGGGCCCUAUGGGGCUGCCACAGAAGCAGCAUCAUGUGGACAAAAGCAGCAGUCAACAGCAGCAGCAACAACAACAUCAACAGCAACAGCAACAACAGCAACAACAGCAGCAGCAGCAGCAGCAGCAGCAACAACAACAUCAACAGCAACAGCAACAACAGCAGCAGCAGCAGCAACAACAUCAACAGCUUCAACAACAACAACAACAACAGCAACAUCAGCAGCAGCAGCAGCAGCAGCAACAGCAACAUCAACAACAGCAGCAACAUCAACAACAGCAGCAACAUCAGCAUCAGCAGCAGCAGCAGGGCUCUCACUCACGGCACCAGCACAUGCAGCAGAUGCAGCAGCAGCAGCCGCAGCACUUCGGGACCCGCCCCCAGGAGAAGGUGUGUGAUGGUCAGCCGGUGGGUGGGCGGGGUCACCAUGGCAGCCACCUGGGGCCCCCCCAGCAGCAGCAGCAGGACCGGCAGGCGGGUCAGAACCACGGCGCCCUGCAGCGGCUCAUGAGCUCGCGGUCGCUGGAGCAGCAGCUGACGCCGCAGGGGGGCGGAGCCUCGUCCCGGCAGGAACGGCAGCGCGUCUCCAGCUACUCGGCCGAGGCGCUGAUCGGGAAGAGCCCAACCGGCGGAGACCAGCGCCUGGGGCUGUCUCUGCAGGAGCCUGACUUGCGGGGCUACCUGGACCCCUCCCGGGGCAAGGGGAGCAUCGGCCACGCCCCACAGGGCCACCCGGUCCCGCGGGGGGGUGCAGACUGCCCCCCCUUCAAGCCCCUUGGUGCCGGGCAGCACCAGCUGGGAUUUGAGGCGCAGGUGUCCCGCGGCGACAUGACCCCCAAACCUGCACCCCCCUCCCACAGGGCCCUGCAGACGCAGGGCUUCAGGAUGGGCCCGGGGGCGGGGCCAGGGGCGGAGCGGCCGCCGCGGGGGGUGUUCCCCACCUCACAGGGUGUGGCCAUGGGGGCGGGGCUGCAACAGGAGCAGGACAGCUGCCACCAGAGCUUCAUGCACAGCCUGCUGGCGCCGCAGCUCCCGGAGCAGAGCGGCCACCAGAGGGCACAGUGCUGCCCCCCUGUCAGCCUGGAGUACGAGCUGCAGGCCAAAGCCGGCAGCCCCAGUGUCCCGCCGCCGCAGAAGGCCCCCCCCAUGCGGCUGGGGGAGGGGAACAAGGCGCAUCUCGCUCCGCCGGUGAGCAGCAACAUGCAGAGUGCACCCCUGCGGCCGGGCAUCCCGCAGAGCGCCCCUGAGCCGGGCCGCCCCCCUGCCCCCGCCCCCCCGCGCCCCGCCCCUGCCGGACAGCGCUCCCGCCACCCCGCCCAGGAUGCGCAGGCCGCCAAACUGCGGGCCGGGGAGCGUCCCCGCUCGGGGGGGCUGCGGUCCACCCACCCCUUCGAGCCUGAGGGCCACCUGUCGCUGCCGGGGGGGGGCGGGGUGCUGCUGGGGCGGCAGCAGGGGGGGGGCGAGGGCCGACGCGGUAGCAUCGUGCGCUUCAUGGCUGACGGGGCGCAGGUGGGGGGCGAGAACCUGGUGUCCGAGCAGCACCUGGCGCAGAAUUUCGGCUUCCCCUUCAUCCCCGAGGGCGGGAUGAACCCGCCGCCCAUCAACGCCAGCCCGUCCUUCAUCCCGCCCGUGACACAGGCCGGCUCCACCCGCACGCCCGCCAUCCUGCCCGUGGAGCCGCAGAACACCUUGCCCUCCUUCUACCCGUCGUACUCGCCCGCGGCGCACCCCAGCCUGCCCAGCGACAUCCCGCUGCAGUACUUCUCCAACCAGAUGUUCACCAGCCCCGGAGCCGAGAAGAGCAGCGCCGCGCCCCUCAACAACCGCUUCGGCAGCAUCCUGUCGCCCCCGCGGCCUGUGGGCUUCGCCCAGGCCAGCUUCCCUCUGCUCACAGACAUGCCCCCCAUGCCCAUCGCCAACUCCUCCGGCAUCACGCCCCACCUGUCCAACUUCAACCUCACGUCGCUGUUCCCCGAGAUCGCCACGGCGAUGCCGCCUGACGGCGCCGCCAUGCCCAUGUCCCCCCUGCUGUCCCUCACCAACACCUCGUCCUCCGAGUCCGGGAAGCAGCCCAACCGCCCCGCCCACAACAUCAGCCACAUCCUGGGGCACGAUGGGAGCUCGGCCGUGUGAUCGGGGGCCGCGCACCGGACGGGGAGAGCGGGGCGUGAUGGGUAAUGGCCUGGCAUUGACCCGGGUCAGCGUCAGAUGUCACAGCAUGUUGUGUCUUCACAGGGUGUCCGUGUCCCGUCAGAGAGAGUCUGCUUCCUCAGCUGCUCUGUCUUUAAUGUGUUUACUGGCCUCUACGAGGGGGAGGGGCAUGAAUGCACAGACUCGAGGGGGAGGGGCAUGAAUGCACAGACUCGAGGGGGAGGGGCAUGAAUGCACAGACUCGAGGGGGAGGGGCAUGAAUGCACAGACUCGAGGGGGAGGGGCAUGAAUGCACAGACUCGAGGGGGAGGGGCAUGAAUGCACAGACUGUACCGACGUGUCUGAGUCUGACUCAGAGGACAGCAGUUUCACACAGUGAUGAGGACAAACCUGACGAUUCAGCUGAACAACCACACCAACAUCGGGGUGGAUAAAGAAAUUUG